GCUUAUACGAUACCUGGCCUGUGCUAAUCGCUAUUUCCAAACUAUAAAUAGCCAACGUCGACUAUUGAUUAGCAUUAUUUCAAUAUCAGGACUCUUUGAGUGUGUUUCUUAACAGGUUUUACAUUUUACUUAAACAUUUAUUGAAUUCACAAUGGCCACAAAACGUCUACCCAGUAUGCCAGGAUUAAUCCAAGUUAACAAAAGUUCAAAAAUGGAAUUAAACUGCGGAACGAUCAUAGCAGGAAUACGAAGGACAUCUCAUUUAUAUUCGCAAAUUGUGCGACUGGAAAAUCAUCAAGGCAUUAUCAAUACUUGUAAAUUUCAUCCUCAUGGCGAACUAGUCAUGUCAGCUGGUUUUGAUAAGCAGAUUUAUAUUCGUUGUGUCUAUAAUUCAAAUGGAAUUGUUAUGACCAUGAACGGUCAUGCAAACACAAUAACAGAGGCUCAAUUUUCAUCAGAUGGCUCGACCUUGUAUACCAGUUUCCUGGACAGCUCUGUUGGAAUUUGGGACAUAGCAACUGGGUGUAAUCUUGAACUUCUGGAUGAUCAUUACAGUGAAGUGAACACUGUGCAAAAUAAUAAAAAUACCCAUCACAUUAUUUGCUCCGGGUCAACUGAUGGUACAGUCCGCCUAUGGGACACUCGUGAGCAACAUGCAGUUCAGGUUCUAAGGUGUAACUUUCAAGUUCUGGCAUCUUGUUUCGACGACAGAGGUGAUCAUAUUUUUAGUGCUGGAGAUGAUAAUUGUAUACAAAUCUGGGACAUUCGUCGGAACGAACUUGUAAGCACAUUGGAAGGACACGAAGAACUGAUUUCUGGUCUUGCACUAUCACCUUGCGGAUCAUUCCUGCUUUCAAACUCUUUGGACGCAACUCUUCGUAUUUGGGAUAUGCGACCUUUUAUGGAUUUCGAUCGUUGUGUAGACCUUUUUCCCUCUAUCCAAAAUAUUGACGAAGAAAACAUAAUGCGAUGCACUUGGUCAAAAGAUGGAAAGAUGAUUGCUGCCGGAACUUCAACAAAUCAUGUUAACAUUUGGGAUAUCAACAAUCGUGAACUAAUGCAUAAGUUAGAAGGUCAUGAAAGCAGCGUAAUUGAUGUUGAUUUUCAUCCACAUGAGCCAAUUAUUGUAUCUGGAUCGAGCUAUGAGAAUUUGUAUAUGCAUGAACUACCAUGUGUUUUAGAGUUUGAAGAAGAAGAUAUAUAA